AUGGGGAACAGCUGGGAGUGUGAUGAGUGGCAGGUGUGUGGAGUAAUCGCAAUUGAGUCCGGGAAGACGGGAAGUGGCGACCUCUGGUGUGCUGAAAAAACAUGUUGGGAUAUUACAACUUAUGAGGGAUUCAAAACAGGAAGUGCUGUCCCGAAUCUAAAAGUUUCAUUUCUCUUGAAUAAGGACAACUUUAAAUUACUCCAGUGGAAGAAAUCUUCAUAUGGAGAGAUUCCACCUUUGGCAGUGGAGACUUGUAAUGGUUACUUUAUUGCUAGAGAUGAUUUGGGGUUCGGCUAUAUGACCGAGAACAGUUUAAUGGUGCUUGGCAAUACAAAACAGGGCACCACAGAAAAUGAGGUUCUCACCCUAAAUCAUGAUAUAAAAGGGCACCAUUUAACCAUUACUGAGUAACAUUUCACAGCUUCCAACAGAAACUGUGAUCCAGCCAAACACCAGGUGAAGCUGGACCAAGGCAUCGAUAAAACAGUUUCUUUCCUAAAGUCCCGUACACAUACAAUUGGAGGGACAGGAGAGAUCUCGUUCAGUGGUAAGGUUCCACUUUUAGCAAGUUUGGGAGGAAAGCUUGGCUUGAAAUAUGACUAUAGUCGCCUCAAAUCUAAGACCACAUCCACAGUUGAGAAAAGCCUGCAUUCAGUGAGUAUGGAGGUGCAGGUUCCUGCCAACCACAUUUGCAGCAUCGACGUUAAAAGCAAUACCUUCACAGCUGAAGUCCCGUACACUGGCCAGCUCACUAGAAUAUACAACAACAAUGAAAUACGCAGAACCUUGAUCAAUGACAUCUAUAGUCAUCAGGAAGUAGCAGAAAUCCAAGCACUCGUGAAUCCCUGCACUCCACUUUCAGAUGGAAAGAAAUGUUAGGCAAUCCCAGUAAUACAAAAUGAAUGAAGU